AUGUCAUUCUUGCAUCGGCGUUCAUACAGUGGAUUUGGUAUUUUACUUGCUCUCUUGAUGGUUGUGGUGGUGAUUUUGAACAUCACAAAUUUGUCCACACAAUCCUCACUCGAUGAAGAAACACCUGAAUUUGAUUUUGACACAAAUUUUGAUUAUUAUGCCAUUCUCGGAGUUUCACACAAUGCCACUCAACAAGAAAUCAAAGCUGCCUACAAGAAACUCACCAUCAAAUAUCAUCCCGAUCGAAAUCGAAACAAAACAAAACAAGAACAAGAAUCACUGAAUGCCAAAUAUCAAAAAAUUGCAAAAGCCUACGAAGUACUCAGUGAUGAAGAACAACGAAGGACCUACGACCAAUAUUUUGAAUUUGGAGCUAAUUUAGGUGCUCAUUUAGGAAUUGAUGAACAAACACUUGAAUUUAUUUUGUAUUUAUUGGUGGGCUAUGGUUAUGCUAUUCUUGCAAUUUUAAUCUUAUUGGGAGUGGUGUUGAUGUUAAUUUGCAUCAUGUGUUGUUUGUGUGUUUGUAAAUGUUGUUGCAGUUUUUUCAGAGGAGGAGAACAUGUGACAACUAAAACAAAUAAGAAGAAAAAAGCAGAUUAA